AAGAAAUGCGAAGGUGUCCUGCAGCCAGAGUCCCGGUCAUUCGCCGUGGACCCCCAGAUUACCUCCCUGGAUGUUCUUCAGCAUAUAUUGACCCGGGCCUUUGAUUUAAAUGGGAAGAACUUUGGGAUCAGUUACCUUGGCCGUGACAAGCAAGGGCAUGAAAACUACCUGUCACUCAUGUCCGACUGGGACUUGGGAACAGCAUUCGCCAGCGCCUCCAAACCAUACCUACAGCUGAAGCUGGACAUCAAGCCAUCUGAGGACAGUCCUCUCCUGGAAGACUGGGACAUCAUCAGCCCUAAAGAUGUAAUUGGAACCGACUUAUUUCUUGUGGACAAGCGUUCAUUCACAGCCGCUCUACCCUUUACUCAGUCCUUACUGUCCCAGGUGGGUCGUACAAUUUCUCGUAUGCAACAGGCACUGAGCUGGACGUAUGGUGAGGAUGUGAAACCUUUUAAGCCACCGCUCAGUGAUGUGGAAUUCCACACAUACCUGAACCAUGAAGGACAGCUGACCCGUCCAGAAGAGCUUCGCCUUCGCAUAUACCAUGGUGGUGUAGAGCCCUCGCUGAGAAAGGUCGUCUGGCGUUACUUGCUCAACGUGUACCCAGAUGGGCUAACUGGACAGGAACGCAUGGAUUACAUGAAGAGUAAAACUCGGGAGUAUUAUCAGCUGAAGAGUGAGUGGAGAGAGAGGUGCAGCCAGGAGGACCUGGAGUUCAUUCAGGGUAACGUAAUGAAGGAUGUUCUCCGAACAGACCGCACUCACCCAUAUUACUCUGGUUCAGAGGAUAAUCCUCAUCUACAGGCCCUGCACGACCUGCUUACCACCUAUGCCGUUACCCACCCACAGGUGUCUUACUGCCAAGGUAUGAGUGAUAUCGCAUCGCCUAUCUUAGCAGUCAUGGACAACGAGGCUCAUGCCUUCAUCUGCUUCUGUGGCAUUAUGAAGAGGCUUGAGGGCAAUUUCCGCAUGGAUGGUGAGUGCAUGUCUGUGAAGUUCUCCCAUCUCAAACUUCUAUUGCGUUACUCUGACCCAGAAUUCAACACCUACCUAAUGUCGCGUGGUGCUGAUGACCUCUUCUUCUGUUAUCGUUGGCUGCUGCUAGAACUUAAAAGGGAGUUUGCCUUUGAGGAUGCCUUGAGAAUGCUAGAGGUCAUGUGGAGCUCUUUACCUCCAGAUCCUCCAGAGAAAGAGGUGGAACUGGUGGGGCCCCCCUGCGCACCAGGGGAGUGUCGGAAAAACACGCGGAAAAGGCACAUGAUGAGGCCGGACCGUGGCCUGAGCCCAGAUGAAGAGGCGAAUGAAGUGGUAGAGAAAGAAGUGGAGGAGAUUGUGGAAAGCAAAGAACCUGUUGCACUGGAGGGAUCUCCAGCAUUGAUAUGUCCUUUUUUGAAACAGGCUAGCUUCGGGGAAUUCAAAUGUUAUGAGGAGAAUGAAACACGGUCAAGUUUUGAGACUGAUGAUCUAGCAAGUCCUACCUUGCAGGUCAGACAAUCCAUAGAGGAGGAGGAGGAGGAUGAGGAACGGUUAUGGGAACAGGAACCCCUUAUAGGACCAUCUGAUUCCCUUAGUGUCACCAAAUCCAUAUCUGCUCUUUCUUUGACCUCUUGCUCCCCCACAUCACAGAGCUCAACAUCUCUUGAAAAUGCGGACCAAGCUGGUGAAACCUCUGCUGCUAAGCCUGAAGAUGAGGUUGUGCCAGAAGCUGAACAGACUGUGGCCACUUCCCCGGCCCCUAUCAGCCUUCCCCCGCCCCAGGAGUUUGGGCGCGGAAAUCCUUUCAUGCUGUUUUUAUGCCUUUCCAUCUUGCUGGAACACCGCGAGCAGAUCAUGAAACAAAACAUGGGUUAUGACGAGCUGGCGAUGCACUUUAAUCGCUUAGUCAGGAGGCACAACCUGAACCGUGUGCUGCACCGCGCCAAAGCUCUCUUUGCGGACUACCUACAGUCCAAGGUAUGGGAUUCCGAGGAGGGAGAUGAGGCCGCAGCAGAAUCACCUGUCAUUUCCUGA